UGCAUUUUGACUAAAACAACCAGAAUUUAUUAUAUUUUUUAUGUUAAAAUUAGUUCAAGAGAAAUAAUAUUGGAUUUUUGAUUGUUAGAUUUGAAAAAGAAAUCUAAAAUUAAAGAAAGUUCAGUGGCUUAAAUUUUUUUGUCCAAUGAGUGCGAAGAAGCCUGGCAGAAUACCACUUGAAAUUAAGCUGCCAAUUGUCAAUAAAAUUGGAUACAUUUAAUUUUAUUCCUGUUUUCCGAUGCAGGGUGAUUUUGAAUGUUGGUGUUUAUAAAUGCAAAAUUUGUAAUAUCACCCUAUAUUAUUAUAUUUAUUGGGUCAGAAAAGCUACAACACGCUAGCUUUAUUAAUAGGGGAGAUCCGCAGUAAUAUCAUCAAAUAUGGGCUUUUUUCGUUGAUAUUACGGGAUAUAGUCUAAAUGAUUGAUUGUUAGAUUGGGAGAACACAAUUUAAAUACCGAUAUAGACUGUAUAAUAAUAGCAAAAACCAAAAUAUGUGCUGAUCGCCACAUAGACGUACCAAUAGCUGCUUAUUUUACUCACCCUGAGUAUGAUUCAAACACGUUAAUAAAUGAUAUCGGCUUAGUCAAAAUGCAGUACUCAGUCGAAUUUACUGAAUACAUUCACCCGAUUUGCCUCCCGCUGCAAAGUGACUUAAAACGAUUGUAUGAACCUGGACAACAAUUUUUCGUAUCGGGCUGGGGUAAGAUAAGUUCGAGGAAAUUAGGUGGUUCAAUGACGCUUCAAAUAGCGGGUAUUUUUCUGUGGAACCAAACGAAAUGCCACGAAAUUAUUCCAAAGUAUAGUGGCAAAUUCUUAGAAAGUCAACUAUGUGCAAAUGGUGAAAACCAAGAUGCAUGCAAAGGCGACAGUGGAGGACCCAUGUUUGCUAUCACUACUGAUUCAGCGUUGGAACUAAAAUAUUUUCAGAUAGGAAUCGUAUCAUUUGCACCAUCGUUAAGUUGCGGUACAGCAGAUCUACCUUCUAUCUAUACAAGGGUGGACAGUUUUCUGAAAUGGAUUCUGGAGAUUGUUAGCUCCAAUUGAAUUGGUCAA